AUGCAUUGAUUGCACUCGUUUCCCAUCCCCCUUAACAAGGUGACCAUGGAGCGUCCCCAGUUUUCUAUGAGUACUAGUGUUGCAGGUUUGCGUGCAAUGCUUGAACAACAAGGCUUGGCUAUAGGGAGAUCCACCCGUCUUUCCUCCCGGAUACAAGAGCUCAUUACAAGCCUCCCUAAGAUCUCAGAAACUGAGCUCAAAGACUUGGGACAUUCUGAGUCCGUCUGCCCCAUAUGCUUCAAUACGUUCUUGGCCGUCCUUGCUGAAGAGGAAAUGGCACUCGUCAUGGACUCCCCCGCGCAUCCGAUAGAGGAACUGGGCGUGACAAGGCUCCACGAAACAUGCGGGCAUCUAUUCUGCCGACGAGAUAUCACGAAAUGGAUACAAGACGGCCGCAAGUCUUGCCCCACUUGUCGCAGGCCUUUCCUUACGGCCGCGGCUGAUGGCGACCAGCGUGACGCGGAGGAGUCUUCUCUGCAGCUACCAGAUGGUUUUUCUGAGUGGAUUGUUGAGAGCUCAAUGGUUGCCAGAGAAUCUGGCGACGCCGCAGGUUUCCUGCCCAUCCUUGGUGUCCCAUCGAUGGCAAUGGGCGGCCACUCAUCUGCCCGUCAACGGGAAACCCCAGAUGAAUUUUCUGGGAUGUACUCGUAGUGUUGUACUUAUUACAUGCAUCUCAUGCUUAAAUUGAGAUUAAGCCCGCCAUUCAUUCAUUGAGUAA